UUAUAAACUUUCUUCGAGUAAACAUUUCAUCGAUUAAAUUUAUCAAUUAAAAUAAUAACAGAAAUACAGUAAAUUGGAUAUCAUAAGCCAUGGCAGGAGUCGAAUCAAUGAUUGUAGAAGAAAAACCAAAGGAAAAUCGUUCAGAAAUUGAUCGUGAAAAGACAUGUCCAUUGCUUCUUCGAGUAUUCUGUUCCUCAUCAGGCAGACAUCAUUCAAUGAAUGAAUAUUCCCAUGGAAGUGCACCUUCGAAUGAAUUGCAAAUAUAUACAUGGCUUGAUGCAUCAUUAAAAGAAUUAACACAAUUGAUUCGAGAUGUUAAUCCAGACACACGAAAGAAGGGAACUUACUUUGAUUUUGCUCUCGUUUUUCCUGAUAAUCGCUCUGGAUCAUAUCGUAUGCGUGAAAUUGGUGUAACUUGUAGUGGACAAAGAGGUGCAGAUGAUAACAAGACAUUAUCGCAAGCAAAGUUCCAGAUUGGAGAUUAUUUGGAUAUAAACAUUACAACACCAAGUCCAAAUACAGGAAUGCGUUCAAAAGAUCAACGAAACGAUAGGCACGACAGAGACAGAGAUCGUGAGAGAGAAAGAGAUAGAGACCGUGACCAGCGAAAUAGACGACAAUACUAA